GAGUGAUGCUUAAGGAUAACAGACCAAUAAAUAAGAAUACAUGUCUUCAAAACUGUCAUCUCUCUCUCUCUGUGACUACAAAAACCGACAAGGGCGGAGAAGAAGAAGAAGAAGGAGGAAAGAAACGGUUUGUUCGUCACGCCGUGUAACAGGAAUCCGUCACAGAGGUUUUGAAGAAGAGGGAAAGAUGGUGAUGGAGUCAUCAAAAUGGUGGUGGAUUGGAAACCACAACACCUCUAACUUCUCUCCAUGGCUUCAUUCUACUCUCUCCGAGUUGGAUGAGAAGACAGAGGAUAUGCUGAGAGUGAUUGAUGAGGAUGCUGAUUCUUUCGCAGCAAGAGCUGAGAUGUAUUACAAGAAAAGGCCUGAGCUUGUUACUAUGGUUCAAGAUUUCUACCGUUCGCAUCGCUCUUUAGCCGAGAGGUACGACUUGUUGAGACCUUCCUCUGUGCACAGCAGACACAGUCAUCAUGAGAAGUCUUCAUCAACUUGCGAUGUGUCUUCUUGGUCUGAGGCUUGUGAGACUCAUGACGAGUACUACGCUGAGUCUGAAGUUGAUGACGGUGAAGAAAAAUGGGUCGAUGAAGGUGAGAUUGAUGGUGGAGAUUGUGAGAUGAUGAAGGUGGAGAUAGAGAGGCUGAGGGAGGAGAAUAAGGUUUACGGUGAGAUGGUUAGAGAGAAAGAUGAAGAGAAGAGAGAAGCUAUAAGGCAGAUGAGUUUAGCGAUUCAAAUGCUUAAAGAAGAGAACUCAGAGCUCAAGAGAUGUGUUUCUAACGUUGUUGCAAAGCAUAACAAGGAAAGUGAUGAUGUUUCUCAGAGAAAGAUGUGGAAGCCAUUCGAGUUUAAGAAGCUUGAAGGGUUGUUUGGGAGAGUAGUAGGCAACUGGGUCGCCCCAAAGACAGAGUCUACUACUUCCAGAGAGCUCAUGACUCUUUAAUGAAAAAACAGAGAGGUCUUAAGAAGAGAAUCUGAGCAGCUUUUCACUAAAUAUCUUUGUACUCUUGUGACAUGUAGGGUAUACUUAAGUAGUUAAAUGUAAGGCCUCGUAAGAUUAUACUUAUAGCUAAGUCCAUGCAUGUCUGUUUUACAUUUGAUGUAGUUUUUACUUUGCUUAUUUAUUUGUUCUUUCGUUUGGGAAUCAUUUUUUUGUUCUUUUAUUUUGCGAAUUCUUUUUCCAUGUGUGUACUAAAUGAUUACAGUAAGUUUGUUUAAAAG